CGGUAGUCGAGUCUCAGCUUCGAACUGUUCCUCCCUACCUGGUUGGUUCGUUGUGGGCUGUCUUUUGCGGAUAUCUCAGCUACCGCCUCAAACAUCGAACCGGGUUCAUCCUGAUAUCGGUCGUGUUUAUGAUCAUCGGAUACGCAAUUGCAAUAGGAACAAAGGAACCUCAUGCUCGAUACGCUGCAUGUUUUCUUUCGAUAACUGGAGCCAGUAACGCUGGCCCGAUGGUGCUUGCUUGGGGAACAGGGAAUGCUGCUCCAGAUACCGUGAAAGCUGUAACCUCAGCUCUUAUUCCCAGUAUCGGUGCAUUAGGUUCUAUUAUAGCCGUUUGGACUUACGUCCCUACUGAUGCGCCAGAUUAUCACAACGGCAACUCUUUGAACCUUGCUACCAGUAUUCUCUCGGGCAUACUAGUGCUUGCACUGUUCACUUAUAUCCGCUGGGAAAAUGCCAAAAGGGAACGAGGCGAGCGGAAUCACAGACUGGAGGGGAAGGAUGCGAGAGCGAUAGAGGAAUUGGGUUAUCUGCAUCCCGAAUUUAGAUAUCAAGCCUAGCACACUGCAAUUCCAUAAUGUCUUGGGCGACCGGCAGUCCCACCAGAGGGUUUACGCUCCGAACUGUCGUUCACAUUGGGU